AUCACGUGAAAUUCUCGCACCUGGACGGAAGUCAGAUUUGGGGCUUGGUCUUGGCUUUGUUAAGGUCUAUGGGUGAGAGUAUUCUAGAGCUGGUUAUUUGGUAAUAAACAAAAGCUAUCUGACUUUAAUGAGACUGUAAUGUAGAAGGGUUUUGGUUCCGACUGGAAGUGUUUAAAAUAUAUUCAAGUUGAGUAAGGAACCUCCCCUUCCCUCCCCUCGAGAAGCUCUCGUUCGCUGACAUCAAUGUUGUUCCUGUACCUGUAAAGACAUGCGUCGAAGAUUAAUUACUGCGUGAAAAUAGUUCCUGCAGUUCGGUUUUGUGUUAGUUGUUGGAAACCUUUUGCUUCAUGUGAAAAUCCUCGAUUAUAGGCAUAAGGAUGUUGAGGUUUCUCAAACCUUCACAAGCGUAUGCAAAAUCAUCAAAAAACAGACCAGAGGAAAAUGAUGAAACAGACAGCGAGAACUCUCUCUUAACAUCAGAGAUCAAAUCCUUUGACUUUGCAGCUGGUCCAAUGCCAAACAAUAGCUGCUCCAACAAUAGAGGAUUCUCGAAUUAUUCUGGACAAUUUUCACAGCUUCCAUCAGAUUCUGCGGAGAAUGUUAAGAGCUAUGCUGCUGCUGCUGCUGCAACCCAGCCAAAGGAAUAUCCUUACAGUUCCCCUACAGGACACGUUGAAAAUUGGCAUGGUCCCUGUGUUUCCAACUGUGGAGAUUGUUAUACGUACAAAUCUGACAACUGGUUGUCAAAUACUGGCAUGACUGACGUAUCGCUGAGUGGGAACUUUAGACCACCCUUGCCAACCUCAUUGCACAGCAGCCUUGGACUAUCGCAACUUGAACCCGGGUUUCCUUUGCAAUCAUAUCCAUUUCAACCACCCGGUCACCCUCUGCCUCAAAACCCUUGUCGACCUAGGGUUUCUGUAUAUGUUCCUGAACCUGGCCAUUUUCCUCCUACGCCUCUGGGCAGAGUCGACCUCCCUCCUUAUGGGACACCAGGUUUCAAUCCUCCAAAUGGUCCUGGAAAUGUUUCAAUUCAGAGGGCAGUUGCUCCUACAGAUCCAGUAAAUACAAAUGCACCAUUUAGCCUUGUACUUCCCCGUGAACAGAGAAAAGUCUUUGUGACUUAUGCUACAGAUAAUGACAGACAUGUUGAAGAGGUGAUCAAGUUUGUUGUUUUGUUGACCAGGAAUGGAUUUGAAACCCAGAUUGAUAUAUUUGAGCAGAAUUUUCGAAGUAUAAACAAAAUUGAUUGGAUGGAAAGAUAUAUCAAUGAUAAAGGAUAUCUGAUCAUCAUCGUAAUCAGCCCAAAAUACUGGGAAGCUGUUAGAUCUCAAAACUUUGACAUAAAAAAUGAUGAACAUUCUUUGAAUACAGUCUUUAUCUACAAACAGCUUCAAACCGAAUUUAUUCAGAAUGGCAGCAAGAACUUCAGAUUUGUUCCAAUUAUUUUCCCAGGAGCUAACAUGAAUCAUGUUCCUUCAUGGCUACAAAAUACACACGUCUACCGUUGGCCAGUGCAAACCCAGGAUAUUCUCCGACGACUGAUGCGCCUGGAAAAAUAUAAUCCUCCUCCAGUUGGUGAACUUCCGACUAUCAUUCAGAAAUCCAUAUAAUCUCAGCUUGAUCCUGCUGUAGUAAUAUCAUAAAACAAACUUUUGCUAAUUACAUGGCAUUUUUUUUGUGGCUAAGAAUAACCAAUUUUCAGACCUACAUGGAAAUUCAUUUCUUCAAAAUAUUUCAAACGUGUUGAACUCAGCCAAAAAGCAAUAACUUUGUAUCAUUGAAAAAUGAUAAAAUUGUGGCCACAACACAUGAUGUUUAUUCCAAGAUUUGCUUCAGCUUGGUGUAGAUCAAGUGCAUUUGUUGUAAACAUGACUUACUUGCUAAAUGAGAUGUAACAUUAGCAUUUCUGAAACAUUAAGCUGACAUCUUACUUCAGAGCUCAAUUUUCAUGGCGUUUCUCUCUAGUCAUGUUUACUGAUGCUACCAGUGAUCUGACACUAAUGAUGAGGAUUAAAUAGCUGAAGUGAUCAUGAUGAGAGACAGCAAAAUAUUCACAUUAAAAUAUAUGUCUUCAUACAUACAUCAAAGGUGCACAAGUGCAAGAAACAAUUGGGUAAAUAUUUGACGUGAACCUUUACUAUGAAGAGGUUAGAAUAUAAAAGUAAGGAAGUAUCAGUGCAAUUCUCUAAAAGACCUUUGUGAGGCCAUAUCUGGCAUAAUGUGCGUAGUUCUGGUCUGUUUGCCAAAUGAAAGAUGAACUUGCCUCAGAGAGGAGUGUCAUAAGGUUCACUGAGCUGUAUUCCAGGUUGUCCUGUGAAGAUAGAUUAAGUGCUGGAAAGUUUGUUUUUGUGGCUGGAGAAGCUAGAAUCAAAAGAUUCUUUACUCAGUUGUGAAUGUUAGGAAUUAUUUUACACUUGAGGACACUGAAUGCUCAGUAAUUGAGUAUGUUUAUGAUUAAUGUUAAUAGAUUUUUUUUGGAUCUUGAGGGAAUUAAUACGGGGAUAGUUAGGAUAGGCAAUCUGAGGUAUGAGAUCACCCAUGAUCUUUUGACUAGUGGAGUAGGCUGAUGAUGCUCAGUGACCUAUCUCUAUUCUUUAUGUUCUCAAGUAGGUUCAAACAGCUUGUUGAACAGCCAAGUUUGCCCAAAUAAAUGAAAGUUUAAUACAGGACAAACAGUGCCUGUAUUAAUAUCCAUGGAAUGCAAAGUGGAUAACAGUUGUUGGCAGGUAUUAACAGCUGGCUGUAUAUCAAACCAUAAAUGUCAUGGGAAUUGUAAUUUCUUAUGGUAAUGAUGUGAACUGCUGUGAUUUUGUUUCAGCUUUUGUCAAACCUAAUAGAACAGGAUAUUACACUGAAAGCCAUAAAUCUACUUAAAAACACAUCUGCAGAUAAAACCACAAAAGAGUAUCUAUGCAAAAAAACUGAAAACCACCAAAGAAUUUGAGAUGUAAAUUUAACAGUUCUCACAGU